CUUCCACCUCGCAAACUCCGAGCUUCGGUCGCGCAUCGGCGGAACCACGGGGAUUGAGCUGCGCGGGCCGCCGUAGUCAGCUGCUGUAAGCAGGAAGUGUCCGAGCAGCCGGCGGAGACUGCACCAUGGCCCCGGACCCCUGGUUCUCCACAUAUGAUUCUACUUGUCAAAUUGCCCAGGAAAUUGCUGAGAAAAUUCAACAAAGAAAUCAGUAUGAAAGAAGAGGUGAAAACACAUCCAAGCUUACGGUGACAAUCAGAACUUUGUUGCAGAAUCUGAAGGAAAAGAUCGCCCUUUUGAAGGACUUAUUGCUAAGAUCUGUGUCAACACAUCAGAUAACACAACUGGAAGGGGAUCGAAGACAGAACCUGCUGGAUGAUCUUGUCACUCGAGAGAGACUACUUCUGGCCUCCUUUAAGAAUGAGGGCGCAGAGCCAGAUCUAAUCAGGUCCAGCCUGAUGAGUGAAGAAGCUAAGCGAGGAGCACCCAACCCUUGGCUCUUUGAGGAGCCGGAGGAGACCAGAGGUUUGGGUUUUGAUGCAAUCUGGCAGCAGCAGCAGAUUAUCCAAGAACAGGAUGCAGGCCUUGAUGCCCUUUCCUCUAUUAUCAGUCGCCAAAAACAAAUGGGGCAGGAAAUUGGGAAUGAACUGGAUGAACAAAAUGAGAUCAUCGAUGACCUUGCCAACCUUGUGGAGAACACAGAUGAGAAACUGCGCACCGAAACGAGGCGUGUAACCCUGGUGGAUAGAAAGUCAACUUCAUGUGGGAUGAUAAUGGUGAUUUUACUACUUCUCGUGGCUAUUGUGGUUGUUGCAGUCUGGCCAACCAAUGGAUAGCAAUAAAAGGACCACCCGCCAUGACACCUGCCAGUGAGAAUGAAAGCCCAACACCCUUUUGGUAUGCAACACCUGCUCUCAAUAAAUUCCUCAAAGCCCA